AUGUUUGACUACUGGCAGCCUUUGGACCUGCUUGAGCACACGGGACUCGUUGAAAGUUUCCACGGCCUCACGCUGGUCUACACGCCGAAGCAGCUGUUCUUCUGGCCGCCGAUGUUCACAACGCGGAAGAGGAUGGCUGUAAUCGACUUCAACUCAAACCACGGCCAGCGCCAGGACCUGACUGACCGCGAGGGACGGACGAGGCUGGAGAUGGUGUACAGCCGCGCCAGAGGGCAAAUGAAGCCCAGGCGUGUGGUAGCGGCCAAGUCGCACCCAUACGUCGCCAGACUGCUCAGCGACAUGCUGGAGCGGCGGCGCGCCGGGCCGGUGCUGGGACAGCGGCCGCUGGCCGAGGACGACCCACGCCGCCGCUUCGUCCACCGGGGGGCGGCGCAGCCUACACCCGAGGAGGCGGAGGACAUGCGCCUCGAGUGGCAGCGGCACCAGCAGCGGCGCACCAUCUAA